CAGAUGCAAUACUGAGUCUCAUGUGAGAGUUAGUCUAGCUUCAGUCAUAGAGACUUCACGAUUGAAAUUGUCUUUUGAAAAAAAAAAAGUCUUCAUAUCGAAAAGAAACUCAGUGUUUAGACUUUACAGUCUACAGAGUCUACCACACAAAGUGCAGAACUGCAGAUGCAGAAACACAGUGCACAAAAUUGAUAAAUUUACACUGGACAAUAUGUCUUCGAGAUUAUCGUCCAUCUCUAAGGAGCUUGUACAGAGCCAGUUGAACCUUGGCCCUCAGAGUGUCAUGGAAGCUCCUCUGGAGAAGAGGUCAACAGUUACAGAAAAACAUGCCAGCAGGAGGAAGAAGAACACAAUUUCAUCUUUAUUCAAGAAAGUACGUAAGGCUGUGAAGCUUCCCUUCUGCUCCAAGAACACAGUGGACUGUCUACCACAGCUGGACCCACAGUUUGACAACUCUACACCGGACGUCAGUUUGUCCAUCUCUAAGGACAGUGUGGAGAGACUGGAACUGUUGAGCCUCAGCAGCCAAGAUACACAUUGCCUUAGCGUAGGCACGUGCAUCAUUAAGAGAGGAACUGUGGAUAGCCUGGAAAGGUGGAGCGAUGCCGAUUUAUCCAAUUCGGAUAGCUUCCGAGAGCAGUUCAGCUUUACACUUCCAGGUGAAGUGCCUGUUGAGCCAGUAGGGGCUUCAGCUUGCCUGAACCUGAAGACAGCAUCCAGAUUAGAUGACUCUACACAUAACGUCAUCUCUGAGGAGAGCAUAGAGAGACUGAAAUUGAUUGAUAUGUUUUUUUUUUGUUUUUUUCCAGAAUCCAUUCACUCUCGCUAUAUAGUGAAAAAGAUUAUUGGAGAAGGAGGUUAUGACAAGGUGUGUGAGAGAAUCCAUUUUUCCUCUUACAUUGAGAUCUGCAUACACUUGUCUUGA